AUGGCUGCCGCUGCCGGUGGUGCUGCCGGUGCUGCUGCUGCUGCUGCUGCAUUGAACAAGGAGCAAGGACUAAGACAAACUAAAGGAAGACAUGAAAAUUUUCGAUAUCCGUGCCUAACGACUGCCGGUACUGCGUGUGGGGGCAAGAGCAGUGAAAUCAACAUUAUUGAUAAGCCGCAAGGACAACGGCAUAAGGAAGAGGGAGAAGCAAGAAGAAGAAAAAAGCAGGCCAGAGAAGGAGGAGGAGAGAAGAAGCGAACAGCAGCAGCAGUAGCAGCAGCAACGGCGCCAGAGCCUUGGGCAGCGUCAAGUCGCGACUGCUGUCAUCAGCAGCAGCAGCAGCAGCAGCAGCAGCAGCAGCAGCAGCAGCAGCAGCAGCAGCAGCAGCAGCAGCAGCAGCGGCAGCGGCAGCGGCAGAGCAGAAGCGGAGCAGCGCUUCACUGA